AAAAAAUCAAGUCAAAUGUGUAAAUAAAAAAACUGGUAGGAUUCAUAUUGUGAAAAGAAAAUCAGCAAUUUACUUUUAAAAUUAAUUAAGUUAUGUAGCCCUGUAACUUAACUGAAGGCCUAAUGAAAAAUGGCAGCUGGAAUAGCAAAAACUCCAAUCCAUGCUCUUUCCCAUGGUAGUAAUGAGUUUUUUCUUGUAGCAAUAAUAAUUGCAAAACAAAGUCCAAGGACAAUAUCAAUGAAAAGUGAUGGUUCGAGCAGAUCUGUUUGGAACUUUACUCUUAGAGAUUCUCCAGCCCACUACAUCAAUGUAUCUUUCUGGGGAAGUCCUGAGUUUAUGGAAAACAUGGCUCGCACUUUCCACAUUGGUGAUAUCGUUGACAUUGUAAAAGCCAAAGCGACAUAUGCAAGAGAUCAAGAUGCAAAUUUUAUGCCUAAUGUAACAAGUCCACUAGUGCUGCGCAUGAGUGAAGGAAUAUCAGAGAUGUGUCUUCACACAGAACAGGAUUGUGCAGAACUGGUGAGGUUGCUGAGGUUACCCACCAGGCCUAUUGAAGCUCGGGUGACUUUGGCCGACAUUCAUCACAAUUCUCAGGCUUUGCAAGGCAAAUAUGUCAACUUAUUGGUUGUUGUCAGUUCGGUGGGGGCUGUUCGUCAAAUAAACACUAAACGUGAGCGACAGAUAGAAUGCAGAGAAGUAGAGAUGAUGGACAACUCUUGUGCCACUUGUCUCACUCUACAGAUCUGGGACAGUGAAGUGAUAUACCAGGCAGACAACUGGAAACGCAGAGAGACUGUGUUGUUCAUCGCUGAUGUAAAGCUUGACUGGAACAACUACCGUAAGCGGAUUUGUGCGGCGGUGACAGGUCGUACAGUGAUCACAGAGAAUCCCGACUGUCCAGAAGCAAUACAGCAACGCAACCAUGCCAGGACAGCUCCAACUGUGGCCGUGGCAAUACUUGACCAUCUGGCGACCAAUUUUGCUGACCCUGCUUCCAUCAGUACAGUGAUGUCUUGCAACACUGUAUACUCCAAGGCUGUCAGUGGAGAGUUCGGAGACAGUUUCACAGCUCUUGUGUACGCAGCAGUGAUUGAGUUUGAUCUUGAUGGCAUUUACCCUCUCACUGCCACAAAAUGUUUACAGUGCCAACAGCUGGUAGAUGACUCAGUAGGGCUGUGUAUGAACAGUGAGUGUCCAGUCAGUUCUGGUCUAGAGCGACCUGUCACUGAGAGGAUCUUUGACCUCAGAGUGUCCUUGGCUGAUCACACAGGCUCCCUGGACAAGUGUCGCAUGUCUUCAUCUGCAGCUGCCCAUAUGCUGAACUGCACGCCAGAUGACUUUGACCUUAUGUCCUUGGACGCCAAAACCGCCCUCAAGUGGCAGUACCUGUUCCACCGAUGUGCUUCUCGUCUGGUCAUUCUGCCAGCCACCAAUAACAGACACUCCCCUCUACUGUCCAUCGUGGCUAUAGAGAAAGUCUCACUCACUGAGUACGCGGAGAAGCUACCCAUGUAUUGAUGGGGCAUAAUGUGUCUAAAAAUAAUAUAUUUCAAUAUGAUUUGUUAUUUUGAGUAGGGGGUUUUAAUUUAAAUGUAUCUGUAAAUGUUUGAGUCAUGUUGUUUUUGCAUUCUUGUAGGCGACGUAAAGGUUUCUAAAAUUGAUAAGAUGAGUUUCAAAAAAAAAAUUUAUCCUAAAGAGGAUUUAAACUUUUUUACAUUCCAUUUGAGAAAAGAAGCGUGGUGUUUUAUGUUACAAUUUUAUUGAUUUUUUAGU